AUGGAGGGGGAAUUGGCCAGGAGCAAAGCCCGGCUGCCCUCGCUGCUCCUGGCGUUGCUCGGCCUCGGGCCAGAGCUCCUCUUCGGCCAAGCCCGGGUGCAGCCCCGGCAGGUGAACGGCGUCCUGGGGGGGUCCGUGCUGCUCUCCCCGGCUCUGCCCCCCAACAAGACGGUGAAGGAGAUCGAGUGGAGCUUUUCGGCCGGCGCCGGCGCCACCAUUCAAGUGGCAGAGUUCGGCCCCAGGGGCUUCGAGCGCCCCGACCCCAAGGACCGGUUCAAGGACCGGCUGGAGAUGUUCAACGAGACGGCGCUGAAGAUCGGGGCCCUGGAGCGGGGCGACAGCGGGGUCUACGGGGCUCGGAUUAUACUGCACCCGGCGCUGGUGGAGGAUCAGUCCUUCAACCUCUCCGUCUACGAGUCGGUGCCAAGCCCCCGGACCCGCAGCCAGCUCCUGGCCAGCACCCUGGAGUGGUGCAACCUGACGCUGCAGUGCCAGGGUGCCGGCAAAGGCACCGUCAACAUCACCUGGAAGAGGGACAACGUCAUCCGGGACCUGACCUCCGACCGCCACCAGCUCUCCCCAGACGGGACCACCCUACGGCUGGCCCUGCCGCCCACCGCCACCAACGUCACCUACGCCUGCACCGUCAGCAACCCCGCCGACCAGAAGGUCGUCCUCUUCGACCUGCAAGCCAUCUGCCAAAGCGGAGGGGGGCAGACGUCCUUCUCAAAGUCGGGGUACAUCGUCCUGACCCUCAUCCUGCUGGUGGUGAGCUUGGGGGGAGCCUUCUGGUGCUGGCGGAUGAAUAGCGAGAAGGCGGCAGACCCAGCCCCCCGACUUCUGCUGCAGGGCCUCGGUCACCCCGAAAAUAACCAGGAGCAGAGCCUGCCGCAGAAAGCACCGGUCACCACCGUCUACGAGCAGAUCCGCCGGGCGCCAGAGGACACGGCCGAGGAGGUGACAUAGGCCCUCAGGCGCCCGCAGAGCCGGAGCAUCGGGAUUUCCCGGAAGGGCUGUAAAGUGCGUUGUGUGCCAAAUCCGAACCCUCCA